AUGACACUCUCAAUGGAACAGCGACUGGCUACCUUUAAUACUCGAGGAAAGUUUGCAUGGCCAUUCAAGUCUGAAAAUACCACUUUAGGAUCUUCACUCGAUGCAUCCACUCAUUCCAAGUCCAAGGCUGCUGGUGUAUCCAAAUCAAAGAGUGCCAACCUUGAUCCAUCUGAUGGUAACAUUGAAGUGCCAACAAGCUCUGUACUUGCCAAGCAAGGCCUUAUUCAUACUCCAACUUCAAAAGAUUCCAUUCUAUUGAAAUGCACAUAUUGUGAUAAUUGCAUACAUGGGAAUUCCUGGAACAACACACUUGUAUCUGUCGGUUCUCAGGACUCUCUUCCACAGUCACCUAUCGAGGCCCAUUUCAUAGAUACACCAGCGUGCACUAUGGCCAAGAUAUGGGCCACUUCGUUAUUGGUCCGUACAUACUGUGAUCGAGGAGAGCCUAUUCCACCAUCCAUCCAUCCUAACAAUGCCUCUAUGCUGGCUGCCAGAUUAGACACAUUCAACAACGAUUGGCCAUAUCAAAGUUCCAAAGGAGCCAACAAAGGUCUUGUUCCAAUAAAGAUGGCAGCUGCCGGUUUAUUAUACUAUCCUACAUCCGAUUCAAAAGACACUGUACUCUGUCCCUAUUGCGACUUAUCUCUUGAUGGCUGGGAGUCGGGAGAUUCACCAACAAACGAGCACAAGAGACGCAACACUGAAUGUCCGUUCUUUACCGUGACACCUUUUGAUGAGCUGAUCAAGCCACUUGAUAAAGUUCAAAGCCGUAGUAAAACCGCUAGGGUUGGUGUCAAAACCGACACGUCUAUGGAUAGCGAACCAUAUAAAGUGAAACCCACAUACAAAGCUCGGUCCAAGGAAUCCGGAUCAAGUUCUAAAAAAGACAAUGGGUCCAACUCAUCUAUUUCAGUUGCAUCGGAAAAUACACUUUUACAAGGGUUGGUAAACACUCUUGCAUCUCCUGGUAAACCAUCGCGUGGUAAGCGGACUAUAGCUUCAAAACCAAAAUCUGUCAACAAAGCCAAUGGUUUACUACUUCCAUCCAGUCCAGGUUCCUUUGUCAAUGAGGAAGAUGCUGUAUCAGACUUGCAAAAUACUGAUGAGCAAGAAACACAGGAGAUAAAGAUCAAAUCAAAAUCCUAUACGACUAAAGAAAAAGAAAAAGAACCUGAAGCAGAUUUGAUAGAAGAUACAGAUGAUGCCACUCAAUAUAGGAGCAAGAAUACGGUUGCUGAUAAAUCUGCAAACAAGAAGCGAGAGCGUAAAACCAAGAGCAAAAUAACAGUAUCCAAAAAAGUUAAACCUGCUGUUGACGAGGUUGAGUCGAGCGAGCCACUACUCGUGCAGGAUAAGAAUGACAAAGACAUUGCAGAGCUGACUGAUACCACUCUAAACAAUGCUUACAUAGGAGCCAACGUCACUUCUGAAGAGAAAAAUAAUUUGACAAGUAUAGUGGUUGGUAGAUUUGAUGAAGCUAUUAGAGAUAUAAAGAUUGAUCGUGAAAGGAUUGAGCCAUCGGAUGAUUCGGAUUUCGAUACUGCAGCUGGUCAUGGCAAGCCAAAGGCAAAAGCUGUAGCAGCAAAGCGUGUUCGACGUGACAACCCAAAUGUAUGCAUUAAAACCAAGAUCGCAGUCAAGGACUCUGAUGCUAACACAGAUGAAGAAAUAGCAGUUGUUUCUCGAUUGAGGCCCAGAGUAUCCAAUUCGAUGGCACAGAGCGAGUCAUCAAUGGCUUCACCUACAUCACAAUCUAGUGAAGUAGAUUCUGAAAAAUAUUUUGAACCAGCUCCAAAGGCGACAGCUAAAAAAAUAAAAAAGGACUCGGCUGUACUUUUACGACAAAAGGCGGUCAAGAAAAUUGCAGACGAGUGCAUGGAUCUACCACUAGGAGAGUUUCUUGCACGGAUGCGUGAUUUAUCUGUUUCCUGGGCACAAGAAACGUAUAGUCAGCAAUUGGAAUUACUUGCAUUGACUUUGAAGCUUGAAUAAACAUGGUUUGAUUCAUGU